CAUAAUUUCUGGCAAACUUAUAGGCCAGAGAGCAAAAGCAAUGGAAUUUGUGGAAGGACUCAUGAUUCAUUCUGGAGAUCCGGUCAACACAUAUGUCAACACUGCAACAAGACAUGUGCUCUUGAGGCAGGGAGUCGUUGGUAUCAAGAUAAAAAUAAUGUUGCCUCACGAUGCCACAGGCAAAAUUGGACCUUAAAACCCUCUUCCUGACAAAAUUGUGAUAAGUGAGCCCAAAGAAGAGCCUCUUGCAGAGUCCCCCAGAUUUCUGUGUGCAAAAGACUGAGGAAUUCAAGGAAAAAAGAAGCUAGAAGGAAGCGUAAGGGAGAAAUGGAGCAAGCAGAAUCAUAUUUUAAUUUUUCAAUUAACUCAUCAUGGCUUCUCUAGUUUCUUUGAAGCGAAAGUUUGUCGCUGAUGGUGUCUUCAAGGCUGAACUUGAUGAAUUUUUGAGGAGAGAGUUAGCCGAAGAUGGCUACUCUGGUGUUGAAGUUAGGACAACUCCAGCUAAAACUGAAAUUAUCAUCUCUGCGACUAGGACUGAUUUAGUUCUUGGUGAAAAAAACCGCAGGAUUCGAGAAUUAACUCGUUUAGUCACAAUGAGAUUUAACUUUCCUGAGAACUCUGUUGCGCUCUAUGCAGAGAAAGUAGCAAACAGGGGCUUGUGUGCUACUGCCCAGGCUGAAUCUUUAAGGUUCAAGCUUCUCGGGGGGCUCGCUAUUCGCAGAGCCUGCUAUGGCGUAUUACGCUAUAUUAUGCAGAAUGGCGCUCAAGGAUGCGAGAUCAUAAUUUCUGGCAAACUUAGAGGCCAGAGAGCAAAAGCAAUGGAAUUUGUGGAAGGACUCAUGAUUCAUUCCGGAGAUCCGGUCAACACAUAUGUCAACACUGCAACAAGACAUGUGCUAUUGAGGCAGGGAGUCGUUGGUAUCAAGAUAAAAAUAAUGUUGCCUCACGAUGCCACAGGCAAAAUUGGACCUAAAAACCCUCUUCCUGACAAAAUUGUGAUAAGUGAGCCCAAAGAAGAGCCUCUUUCAGUGUCCCCCAGAACUCUGUGUGCAAAAGACUGAGGAAUUCAAGGAAAAAAGAAGCUAGAAGGAAACGUAAGGGAGAAAUGGAGCAAGGAGAAUCAUAUUUUAAUUUUUCAAUUAACUCAUCAUGGCUUCUCUAGUUUCUUUGAAGCGAAAGUUUGUCGCUGAUGGUGUCUUCAAGGCUGAACUUGAU